AUGACUACUAUUUCAUAUGACACUUUCCGCGGCUCCGCGGACGGCAAGAUCGUCCCUAGCAGAAGCACUGCUACCCUUGAGCACAAUGAGGUGUUUAUCGAGACCACUCAUUCCGGUCUCUGUGGAACCGAUGAGCAUUACCUGAAGGCUGAUAUGGUUCUCGGUCAUGAGGGUAUUGGUAUUGUGAAGGCUGUCGGUCCGCUGGUCACCUCCGUCAAGGUGGGAGAUCGUGUCGGAUUUGGAUACACCCACAAGGUCUGCACCGAGUGUGACAACUGUGUCUCCGGCUGGGACCAGUAUUGCCGUAACCAGAAGCAGUACGGCUUCCACGAUACCGACAACGGCUCCUUCGGUUACGGUGCGGUUUGGGAUGCUACUUGCGUCUAUCCUAUCCCCGAUGAGCUGGCCUCUGAAUAUGCUGCCCCUCUCAUGUGUGCUGGUGCUACUGUCUGGACGGUUCUGACCGAGUAUGGCAUCCGUCCCACCGAUCGUGUUGCUGUGAUGGGCAUCGGUGGUCUGGGUCACUUGGCCAUCAAGCUUGCUAGCGAGAUGGGCUGCCAUGUCGUCGUUCUCUCGAGCUCCGAGUCCAAGCGCGAGGAGGCUAUGGGAUACGGUGCCUCUGAGUUCCACGUUUUCCGCUCUGGCGAGAAGCCUCCAGCGGACUUCAAGCCUGUCAACCACCUUCUUCUCUGUGGAAGUGGAAGCGUUGAUUACCCUUCCCUGAUUCCUCUGAUGAACACCCAUGGUAGCAUCUACCCCUUGACUGUUGCCUUUGAGCCUUCUCCUGUUCCCAUGCUGGACAUGGUCUGGAAGGGUGUCCGCAUUCAGGGCUCGCUGGUUGCCUCCCGCCGUUCCAUUCGCAAUCUGCUCGACUUUGCGGCGAGAAAAGAAGAUUUACCCUUCUAUCAUGACCUUCCCCUUGACCGCUGCAGGAAUUGA